CAAGCUGCUAGCAUCAACUCGCGUGCGUCUUUGAAGAUUGUUUGGCACCCAUUCCCUGCAAUCCAUAUCUCCCAGUCUCACGUUCCACGAACCGAUAGCCUUGCGCGAUCUCGGCGCACAAGGCCUCAGUCCACCACUACCCUCUACCGGCGCCUUCGAUGGCACCGCCCUCUUCUGCCGACAAACCUGCGCUUCUGCAGAGGCAGUCUUCGACACUGCACUAUCAGACUUUCCCAACCUCGCCGCCUACGUCGCGCGGAAAACCUCCAACUUCACCAAACCCCUCGUCGUCCAACAUCCACGCGGAUGCCCAGUCCGGAUCGCAAGAGGAAACCCACAAUGAGACACCGCUUCCCAAGGGCCAAUUGGCUAUUCUCGCUGUCAUUGCUCUCGCCGAGCAGACUGCCCUGAACUCAAUAUCGCCCUACCUGCCUGCCAUGGCUUCUACGUUCCCUGAGGUGAAAGAUGGCCAGGUCGGCCUAUACGUGGGUCUCAUUGCCUCCAGUUUUGCCCUGGCACAAUUCGCUACAAACUUCUUCUGGGGCUGGCUGAGCGACAGGAUUGGCAGAAAACCUGUUGUUCUUAUGGGAACUUUGUUGACUGCUUUCUGCUUCGUCAUCUUCGGCUUCAGUCGGACUUUGUGGCAGGCCAUCUUUGCUCAAACUCUCAUGGGUUUGGUCAAUGGAAACCAGGGUGUCAUAAGUACUUGCCUAGGCGAGAUCACCGACCGCAGUAACCAAAGUAGAGCUUUCACUUACCUUCCGGUCGUGUACGGCAUUGGUGGUAUCACUGGCCCUCUUGUUGGUGGCUUGUUGGUCUUCGAGACGAUACCUUGGAGCGGCAAGCCCAACCCAUACCCCUACCUGGCUCCCAAUGUCCUUAGCGCUGGUGUCUUGAUUAUCGAUCUCGUCCUCACCAUGAUCUUCCUUGAAGAAUCUUUGGAAGAGGCCAAGGACUUACCCCCUCUCAAGAGACGAGUCUCGAACCUCUUUGCUUGGCUCUGGCAGUUUACGGGUAAUUCUACCAAGCCCUCGUACGUCAGACGCCGUGCGAACCACGAAAGCUCACACGCCAAUUCUCGAAACGACGGUACCGAAGAAGACACAACCGACGACGAGAGCGAUGCUGAAUCUACCCACCUCUUGGGGUCUGGUAACCACGAGACUCUCAGCAGAUCUGACGUCUUCAACCGCGACACCAUCCUUCUCCUCAUCACUUUCCUUAUCUUCCAGUUGUCGAAUAUCUCUUACAACUCGCUCUACCCCAUCUUCGCACAGGCUGUUCCUCCUACCGGUCGUGGUCUGUCACCCGAAGAGAUUGGUCUUUCAUUAGGUUUUGCUGGACUUGUCACCAUUGUAUUCCAAGUCGGCAUCUUUGGCAAACUACGUGAGAAGGUCGGAAACAAGACGACCUACAGAGUGGGAUUGUUUGGCUUCGUCAUUGCCUUCCUUCUUAUGCCUUGGGUAGGCUACAAGGAUGGUAAGAACGGAUCUGGAUCUGCUACCACAGCUGGCAAAGUGUGGCUUUGGGUCGAGCUUGGAGCGGUGCUCAUCAUUAAGACUGUGGCAGCAGUCGGAGGUCUCACUAGCGCCCUGCUCUUGAUCACCAACUCAGCGCCCAACCACUCUGUGCUGGGCACGCUCAACGGGCUUGCUCAAACACUCUCAGCUGCUGGACGUGCUGCCGGACCGUUCAUCUCUGGAUCGCUUUUCACUGCAGCUACACAUGUACAACCCAAGGGUGAAGCUCUCGCUUUUGGCAUCUUUGGUGGCAUCAGUCUCCUUGGAUUUGCUCUGAGUCUUGGCAUUCGAUCGUCAAGUCUCGAGGCCGAAGGCUGGGACGAGAGUGACGAAGACGAUGAUGCUACGUCUGAUGAAGAAGAAGUAUAGACAAGGGACGCAAAGUGUGUAAAAAGUUGAUUUUCAGCGAAGGCGUUUUUGGGCGGUG